AUGGCGCCUGCCCCGACCGACUCGCCAUCUCAGGCAGAUACUCCUAUGACGGAUGCAUAUGACGAUGUCAUCCCGUCGAUUCCUGUUGAUAGUGCAGACGCGCCUCAGAGCUACCAAGACACCCCCGACUACACGGAUUCGGACACCAACCCCAACACAACUGCUAGUAGUGUCGCAGGCGACUUCCAGACAGAUGGACGCCGUCGCAGGUCUGAGGCUACUCAGCUGAGGAAAAGCAUUCUGGGCAAGAAGCACGGUCGUUUGGAUGAGUCUAAGGAAGAUGACUCGAUUCGCCGAUUCCGCUAUCUUCUCGGUCUCACCGACCUGUUCCGCCACUUUAUCGAGACCAACCCCAACCCUCGUAUCAAGGAGAUUAUGGCCGAGAUUGACCGUCAGAAUGAAGAGAAGGCUGGAAAGGCUCGCAAGGGCUCUUCGCGCUCCGGUGGUGCGAGUGGUGACCGACGCCGUCGGACCGAACAGGAAGAGGAUGCUGAACUCCUGCAAGAUGAGAAGCGGGGCGGAGACACCACCACGGUGUUCCGCGAGUCGCCUGCAUUCAUUCACGGUCAGCUUCGUGACUAUCAGGUUGCCGGUCUAAACUGGCUCGUAUCUCUCCAUGAGAACGGAAUUUCUGGUAUUCUGGCCGAUGAGAUGGGUCUUGGAAAGACACUGCAGACAAUUGCAUUCCUGGGCUACCUGCGCUUUAUCUGUGACAUUACCGGACCACAUCUGGUUACCGUCCCCAAGUCCACGCUCGACAACUGGAAGCGUGAAUUUGCGAGGUGGAUCCCCGACAUCGACGUCCUUGUUCUCCAGGGUGACAAAGAGGAGAGACAACGCUUGAUUAAUGGACGACUGGCGGACGAGAAGUUUGAUGUCUGCAUCACCAGCUACGAGAUGAUUCUCCGAGAAAAAUCCGCCCUGAAAAAGCUCCCUUGGGAGUAUAUCAUUAUCGACGAGGCUCACCGUAUUAAGAAUGAGGAGUCCUCUCUAUCCCAAAUUAUUCGUCUCUUCAACUCCCGCAACCGACUGUUGAUCACCGGAACCCCGUUGCAAAACAACCUGCAUGAGCUCUGGGCUCUACUCAACUUCUUGCUCCCAGAUGUUUUCGGAGAUUCGGAGGCAUUCGACCAGUGGUUCUCCGGUCAAGACUCUGACCAAGAUACCGUGGUGCAGCAGCUGCACCGUGUCCUCCGCCCCUUCUUGCUUCGACGCGUAAAGAGUGAUGUCGAAAAGAGUUUGCUGCCGAAGCAAGAGAUGAAUUUGUACGUUCCUAUGGCUGAAAUGCAGCGGAAAUGGUACCAGAAGAUUCUGGAGAAGGAUAUCGAUGCGGUCAACGGAGCUGGUGGCAAGCGCGAGUCUAAGACUCGCCUGUUGAACAUUGUCAUGCAGUUACGCAAGUGCUGCAAUCACCCUUACUUGUUUGAGGGCGCGGAGCCCGGUCCGCCAUAUACGACUGAUGAGCACCUUGUGUACAAUUCUGGCAAGAUGUCGAUUCUUGACAGGCUUCUGAGGCGCAUGAAGGCGGACGGCAGUCGUGUGCUUAUCUUCUCGCAGAUGAGCCGUGUCCUCGAUAUUUUGGAAGAUUACUGUGUGUUCCGCGAGUACAAAUACUGCCGCAUUGACGGUACCACGGCUCAUGAGGAUCGCAUUGCGGCCAUCGACGACUACAACAAGCCAGGGUCGGAAAAGUUCAUUUUCCUUCUGACUACACGUGCCGGUGGCUUGGGUAUCAACUUGACUACCGCCGACAUCGUGGUGCUCUUUGACAGCGACUGGAAUCCCCAGGCUGAUUUGCAGGCCAUGGACCGUGCCCACCGUAUUGGUCAGACCAAGCAGGUGAAGGUCUUCCGCUUUGUUACUGAAAAUGCGAUCGAGGAAAAAGUUCUGGAGCGGGCGGCUCAGAAACUUCGCUUGGACCAGCUGGUUAUCCAGCAGGGCCGGGCUCAACAGGGCUCUGGCAAGGCCACUUCAAAGGAUGAGCUGCUUGGUAUGAUUCAGCACGGUGCAGCCAACGUCUUCAGCAACCAAGUGGGCGAAGUCGGCUCCCAGGACCUCACUGAAGAUGACUUCGACGCUAUUCUUCGAAAGGGUGAAGAAAGGACGGCCGAGUUGAACAAGAAGUAUGAGGCACUGGGUAUCGAUGACCUGCAGAAGUUCAGCUCUGAGAGCGCGUAUGAGUGGAAUGGCAAGGAUUUUACCGACCGCAAGAAGGACAUUGGUAUGACCUGGAUCAAUCCUGCCAAGCGUGAGCGCAAGGAGCAGUUCUAUUCCAUCGAUAAGUACUACCGUCAGGCUUUGGCUACCGGUGGACGUACUGCCGACACCAAGCCGAAGGUACCUCGCCCGCCAAAGCAGAUCACGAUUCAUGACUGGCAAUUCUUCCCGCCCGACCUGCAGGAGCUACAGGCGCAGGAGACUGCCUGGCAUCAGAAGCAGAUUGGCCACAAGGCCGAACUGCCCGAGGGUCCGGGGGAAUCCCUGAGCGAGCGCGAGGCGGAUCGAGAGCUGGCCCAAUACACCAUUGACAAUGCCCAGCCUCUGACGGAGGAAGAGCAGACCAAGAAGACCGCCAUGACUGAGGAAGGCUUCUCGAACUGGAACCGUCGCGACUUCCAACAGUUCGUCAACGGGUCAGCCAAGUUUGGACGCACCGACUACGAGGGCAUCGCCACAGAAGUCGACAGCAAGGAGCCUGAUGAGAUUGAAGAGUACGCUGCAGUCUUCUGGGAACGUUAUUCUGAGAUUGAAGAUUACCCCAAAUACCUACGGGUGAUUGAACAGGGAGAGGAGAAGCUGCGAAAGAUGAAUCACCAGCGCAAGAUGCUGCGCAAGAAGAUGGAGAUGUACCGCGUGCCUCUACAGCAACUCAAGAUCAACUACACCGUGUCUACGACCAACAAGAAGGUUUAUACCGAGGAAGAGGACCGCUUCCUACUGGUCAUGCUCGACAAGUACGGUGUGGAGGGCGACGGCUUGUUUGAGAAGAUCCGCGAUGAGGUUCGCGAGUCUCCUUUGUUCCGGUUUGACUGGUUCUUCCUCAGUCGUACUCCCGUCGAGAUCAGCCGUCGCUGCACGACGCUGCUCAAUACGGUGGCCAAGGAAUUCGAGCCCGAUACCAAAGACACUAAAGAGACCAAAGCCAAUGGCGAGGGCAAAGGCCGCGGUCGCGCCCGUGAUGAGGAUGAAGAAAACGAUGACGCGGCACCUGCAAAGAAGAAGUCUAAGAAUGGCACCACAACUAAACAAGCCAAGCCUGCCAAAGGCAGCAAGAAUGCUUCUGCUGCGACGUCACGAGCGGGUAGCGUUGCCAACGCACCCAAGUCCAAGACGCGCAAGCGAUGA